AAUAUAAUACUAUACUUGCACUAGUGGUUUAAAUCGCAAAAAAUAAACCCAGACUAAAAAACCCUCGUUUUUUGUUUACUGUCCCGAUUUUUUUCACCUCAUGUACCGACUUAAAACAAAUCGGACCGGGCAACACUAGUGAUAACGGACCCAGUGCGGAUUGGUGGAUGAUAACGGAACGGACCCAGCGUGGAUUGGUGGAUGAUAACGGACCCAACGCGGAUUUGUGGGUGAUAACGGACCCAGAGCGGAUUAGUGGAUGAUAACGGUCCCAGCGCGGAUUGGUGAGUGAUAAUGGACCCAGUGCGGGUUGGUGGGUGGCAAUAGACCCAGUGCGAAUUGGUGGGUGAUAACGGACCCAGCACGGAUUGGUGUGUGAUAACGGACCCAGCGCGGAUUGACGGUUUUUUUCUAUCAAAUUACAGAUCAUUGGAGCUAUAGAAAUUUCACUUCCAGUCGUGUGUUCCUAAGCACACUCGCUUUUCUUUUCAUUUAACCGCAUUAUAAUAGAACUACACUUACCUGUCGUGUUGUAUUGUAACACAUCAGAGAGCUAUCUGUUUCAUACAAUUAUGGUUAAUGUGAGAACGCUGUCGACACAUCGCGACACACAGGUUUAAUCAGAAUCAGAAUUUCAGAAUUUUAUUUGUGAAACAUAGGUUAGUAUACAUGGUAUAUAUAAUUUUUGUUAGUAUCACUACAUUUCCACCUUAAUUAAGGUAUACAAAUAGAUAAGGUAUACAAAUAGAGGAAAGAAGUACUAUUAUUUUUACAUUGGAAUCACAAUUUAUGAAUAUAAUUUGAAAUUGUCUAUUGUUACAUGCAUGUCAAAGUAGAUUAUAAAUUAAUUAUAAAUUUGAUAAGCCAUUGUCAAUUAUACUAAUAGUCAAAAUUUUAAUAGAAAAAUAAGCAAAAUGUCCAAAAUAGCAAUAAAUACACAUUUCUUAACUGUAUUGUCAAUUUUAAUAUGUCUAAAUUUAUUAAUAGAGAUCUGCUUCUGUAUAGUUCUUAGUGCUAACCGUACUAAAUGUAUGAACCAGAUCGCGCCACAACACAACACGUAAGAUAAAUAUAGUUCAGCCUUUAGUUUAAUAUUUCUGUAGGGCCGUCCUUUUUGACUAAAAAUCGUCCCUUUUCAGAUUUCGAAUCGUCCGAAACACGACGCAGGUACUGGCAACACUGGGAACAAGUGCCCAACGUGUACAUAAAUCAUCCUUCUUUUUUGCAAUAAUUGUAUAUAAUACUAAAUAUAAUAUUUUUGAGAAAAAUGUCAUCUUCAUUCUUUUUAAAAGGAAAGCCUCGACAAGUUCAUAAAAGAAAAGGUGAAAAAAUUAAAAGAAAACCGAAGAAGAGAAUUGAUUCUAACCUAGAAAAUGGUCAUGAGUCUUCCGAAAGUGAUCUUGAUAUCAAAAAGUUUUCGGAUGCUGAGGGAUCAGAUAGUGACCAAGAAACUGCUGAACAGAAAAAGCUUCGAUUAGCGAAAAAAUAUUUAGAAGAAAUCGAAAAAGAAGAAGCGAAAAGGGCAGAACUUAAUCAAACCGACGACGUUAUUGAAAAACGCCUUCAGAGAGAUUAUCUUGAACUGAAAGGAAAAUUAAAAUUAGAAGCUGCUGAUAAUUUCAUACCGCCUCUUGAUAGAGACUGUAGAUUGAUAUGUGUCAGGGAUCAUCGUUUAUCCCUCACUUGUGUCUGUGUGAGUAAUGAUUGCCAAUUUGCAUUUUCUGGAAGUAAAUGUGGUACUAUAAUUAAAUGGGGCUUAAGAGAGAAACGAAAGUUAGGAUGUUUAUCUCAUAAAACGCAUGCUAAUCAAAUUAAGGGCAGCAUAACAUCAAUUUCAUUAUCAACAGAUUCAAAAUACAUGGUAAGUGGAGAUCAGUCAAGUUUCAUCCAAGUGUGGGAUCCUAACACAUUGAAACAUUUAUAUACAUUUAAAGGUCAUAAAGACUCUGUAACAGGUUUAGUUUUCAGAAAGAAUACACACGAUUUAUAUUCUGCUAGUAAAGACCGAUCUGUAAAAAUUUGGUCCUUGGAUGAAAUGUCUUAUGUAGAAACUCUUUUUGGUCACCAAACUCCUAUAACGUCUAUUGAUGCACUGACAAGAGAAAGGGCCAUUACAUCUGGUGGAAGAGACUCAUCAGUUCGUAUAUGGAAGAUAGUUGAAGAGUCACAGUUGAUAUUCAAUGGGCCUAUGGGUAGUUUAGAUGAAGUCAAACUGUUGGAUGAAGAACAUUUUGUAUCUGGUAGUGAUAAUGGCUCCCUGUGUAUCUGGAGUGUAUUAAAGAAAAAACCUUUAUGUACUGUGCUUGAGGCUCAUGGCACUGAAAAUAAUAUUCCUCGUUGGAUCACUAGCAUAGCUACUUUACUGAAUACAGAUGUUUUUGCAUCUGGCUCCUAUGAUAAUAAUAUAAGAUUAUGGAAAGUUAGUGAUGCAUACAAGAAAAUCACACCAUUAUUUAGUAUUGAAGUGAAUGGAUUUAUAAAUUGUAUGCAUUUUACUAGUGAUAUGUCCCAAUUGUAUGCAGCUGUAGGUCAGGAACACAAAUCAGGCAGAUGGUUCAAACUAGGAAAUGCAAAGAAUGGAUUAUUUGUUGUUAAUUUUAAAAUUACAUCAUAAAAUUUUAUAUGUAAAAUUGGUUUUAUUUAUAAUUUUUGUUUUAUAAGUCAGCCCAGCAGGGAGCUGCUGCUACCUUAGAUGGCUACAGCAAUUAUAUGUAAUAUUAUAUGCCCUUUUUCGUGAUAACUACAAAAAUUAAACAGUCUCAGUACCUUAGA